UUUUAAAACUGAACUUCUGCAUCAGAGAAUCUUCAGUUUCAAAUGAUUCAGACAUCAAAUGGCUUCACUGAGAGUUUUCCUCGUUUUGUUUCUUCAGUUUAAAGGGAUCAGAGGAGACGACUCUUUCUAUCAUCUCUAUCAGAGACCUGGAGAUGAUGUCUUGUUGCCCUGUCUUCACACAUCAUUCUCUGAGACCAGAUGUUCAGAUAUUGACUGGUGUUACAUGAAAGAUGGAAGAAAUUGUAUUGACGUUAUCGAUGGAGAAGUUCUGAUGGUGUCACCCCGAGCUGCCAGGCUGAGUCUGCAAACUAACUGCUCUCUGAUCAUCAAUAACAUCACAGCUGAGGACGCUGGUCAGUACGCCUGUGGCUUUCUGGAGGAGUCUAACUGGGACACACAUGUGUUUCUAAACAUUUUAUCAAUUUCAUCAUCAUCUACAGACACAGAUCCAAAUAAAGAUGGAGAUGUGACAUUAAGUUGCUCCAUCUUCAAAUACGACAGACCGUGUGAACCCAGGAGUCUCCACUGGGUGGAUGAGACGGGAGCUGAGCUGGUUGGUGAAGGUGAUGGUUUCAAGUAUGGAGGACAGAUAAACUGUGUUUCUUAUCUGACUGUGAAGCUUCAGACUGAACACAGCAGAAGAUACACCUGCCAGUAUGUUAAUGGAACAGGUGUGAAGAUUGAGGCUCACUACUCAACUGUGUCCUCAGUGGCACCAACAGAUUCCACCGACUGGUCUCCUCUGAGAUACACCAUGUGGGCUCUGCGCAUCUCAUUAUUGAUCCUCAUGAUGGUCAUCACGGCUCUGAUCAUCAGAGGCAGAGGAAGCAGCAGGCAGCUCAGAAACAACAGAGUUCGUUACAUCAAGACUGAUGAUGGUGGAGCAGUAAACUAUGAAAAUGUAGAUCCAAGAAGAUGAAAUAGUUGAUGCUCACUUUGAAUCCUUGAGGUUGAAGCUAAAAACCUCAGACUCAACAACUCAACUCUGACAGCUCUUAGAAACAGAAGCUGAUGUUUAUUUGAGAGGUGUGAUGAUAAUCAAUUGAAAUCAUUGUUAAAAAUACAGUCAAGUCAUUUCAGGACAGGAUUACAGAGAAAACCCAAAGAUUCAAAUAAAAAACCUCCCUCAGCAGAAUCCGAGCUACUGUAGAUACAGGUUAAUAAAACAUUACAGACAGUGGAUCAUCUUUCAUCAGGAGGACUGAGUCAGUUCAGGUUAAAUCAGAUGCUUCUCCUCAAGUAAAGACAAGUUUAGUGAAAUAGAAACCAUUAAAAUAAAAACUUCAGCUCACACUGGGCUCAGUGAGCAGGGAAGAGCGAGGGAGAGACAGCGGCUCAGCAACAUUUUGAAUAAAUAACUGUUGCUGUGUUACUGGUUGAAUGAUGCGAAUCAGUCAGUAACUCAUUACUUCUGAAGGCAGCAGUGUUACAGUAACAUGUUGCUUCAUGAAAUAUUCUCCCCAACAUUCCAAACCAACUUUUUUCAUCUGCUGAUGUCUUUCAUUAUGGUUUAUUGAUGCACUGUAUCUUCUACAUUCAUGAUUUUAUUACUCUUGAUUUUACUCAGUCUUUUUCUCAUAUUUCUUGAUAUCUUCAUUUUCACUUCAUCGUAUAUUUUAUUGAUGUUAUUGUGUUCAGAUUUGUUGAUUUGAAGCACUUUGAGUUGCCUUGUUGCUGAAUUGUACAAAUAAAGUUUUCUGUUUAAGCAUUCAAGUAUUUCAAAGUUGAUCUUGGUGAUUGAAGUGCACAAGACUUCACAACAGUCGGAAGCACGUUAUCAUACCAGUCCAAUCAUUGCUUCUUUUCUGAAGCUGGGCGAGGGACGCAAACUGAAAACUCUCAUAUAUUUUGCUGAGAGUAAUAAUGUAAAAAAAUUGUUGGGAUUCGUGGUUACACGAAAGAAACUGUUCAUUUGAUCUGUAGUUCCAUCCCU